AUGACACGUGUAUUCAAGAUGGCGGCAGCGAUGGAGACGUGGGCUCUGCUGCUGUUGGCCUUGCUGCCCGUGGCCCGGUCUUUCUACGUACCGGGUGUUGCUCCUAUGAACUUCCAUCAGAAUAGCCCAGUGGAGAUUAAGGCAGUCAAACUGACCAGCUCUCGGACACAGCUACCUUAUGAGUACUACUCCUUGCCUUUUUGUCAGCCUGACAAAGUCGUCUACAAAGCAGAGAACCUUGGGGAGGUCCUGCGUGGAGACCGCAUUGUAAACACCCCAUACAAAGUUCUCAUGAACCAGGACAAGAAGUGUGAACUGGUCUGUGGAACAGCGUCAAAGCCAACGACAUUGACCGUGGAGCAGAGCAAACUGAUCGCCGAACGCAUUCAGGAGGAAUAUUACAUCCACCUGAUUGCGGACAACCUGCCUGUCGCCACGCGACUGGAGUUUUACCCAAACAGAGAUGCAGGUGCAGAGGAUGAGCAGAAGAAAGAUGUCAUGAAAGAAGUUCAGUUUGAGCAUGGCUACAGGCUGGGCUUCACAGACAACAACAAGUUCUAUCUGCACAAUCACCUUUCCUUCGUUCUGUACUACCAUAAAGAGAAGGUGGAGGAGGAGGAGGAGCACAAUUACAGGGUGGUGCGUUUCGAGGUCAUGCCUCAGAGCGUUAAGUUGGAAGACCUGAAAGCUGAUGAUAAGGGUGCAUGUACGCUGCCGGAGGCCAGCGGAUCAGCUGCACAGGAGAUCAACCCAGACAAAGAGAACACUAUGCUCUUCACUUACUCUGUCCACUGGGAGGAGAGCGAGGUGAAGUGGGCGUCGCGAUGGGACACAUACCUGACCAUGAGCGACGUACAGAUACACUGGUUCUCCAUCGUCAACUCCGUGGUGGUGGUCUUCUUCCUGUCCGGUAUUCUCAGUAUGAUCAUUAUCAGAACCCUGAGGAAGGAUAUUGCCAACUACAACAAAGAAGAUGAUCUGGAGGACACCAUGGAGGAGUCUGGGUGGAAGAAUGUCCACGGGGAUGUGUUUCGCCCACCUCAGUAUCCCAUGAUCCUUAGCUCUCUGCUGGGCUCAGGGAUCCAGCUGUUUUGCAUGAUCCUCAUUGUCAUCUUUGUGGCCAUGUUGGGGAUGCUUUCUCCCUCCAGUAGAGGUGCUCUCAUGACUACUGCCUGCUUUCUCUUCAUGUUUAUGGGAGUGUUUGGAGGAUACUUUGCGGGCAGAUUAUAUCGCACUCUAAAAGGACACAGAUGGAAAAAGGGGGCCUUCUGUACAGCUACUCUGUACCCUGGCGUUGUGUUUGCAAUCUGUUUCGUCCUCAACUGUUUUAUCUGGGGAGAGCACUCCUCUGGAGCGGUGCCUUUCAGCACAAUGGUUGCCCUGCUGUGCAUGUGGUUUGGUAUCUCCAUGCCGCUCGUCUACCUGGGCUACUACUUUGGGUUCAGGAAGCAGCCUUAUGAUAACCCUGUACGCACCAAUCAGAUCCCACGACAGGUUCCCGAGCAACGCUGGUACAUGAACAAGUUUGUCGGGAUUUUGAUGGCUGGAAUCCUGCCAUUUGGUGCCAUGUUUAUUGAACUCUUCUUCAUCUUCAGUGCCAUCUGGGAGAAUCAGUUCUAUUACCUGUUUGGAUUCCUCUUUCUGGUCUUCAUCAUUCUGGUGGUGUCCUGUUCCCAGAUCAGUAUAGUCAUGGUCUACUUCCAGCUUUGUGCAGAGGACUACAGGUGGUGGUGGAGGACUUUUCUCGUCUCUGGAGGCUCUGCCUUCUACGUGCUUGUUUAUGCCAUAUUCUACUUUGUCAACAAGCUGGACAUUGUGGAGUUCAUCCCCUCCCUCUUGUAUUUUGGCUACACAGCCCUGAUGGUGUUGUCCUUCUGGCUUCUCACAGGGACAAUUGGCUUUUAUGCAGCUUACAUGUUCAUACGGAAGAUCUAUGCCGCCGUCAAAAUUGACUGAGCCAUGUCUGUUUUGGUUUUGUUACUUUUUUUAAAACAAACAAACAAAAAAACUUUUGCCCUUUAUUUUUUUUUUCUGUUUUUGUCAAGCAAGCACUGACUUGUGUGUAUGGCUGGAGCAUGAGAUGGGAUUAUGGGUAACGGCGUCACCCGAUAAACAGGACAGAGAGGCCAGGCAGUUAGUUAAUGCGCUAAAGAGUCAAACUGUCCAUCUGUUGCUCUCUCUCUCUCUCUCUCACUCUCUCCAUUUGUCCUCAAACAGAAACACAGCGAACUAUCAUCCUAUUGGACUGUAGGGUUUUUUUUUUUUUUCCUCCCUCUUUUCUCUGGGUUUCAUUGUGUAUACACAUCAUGGGCCAAAGCGUGUUUGAACUUUUUUCCUGUUAUUUGGUGUUUUUUUUUUUUUUUGUUUUUUUUUCUGAGGAGGGGGGAGAAAGAUGGGCCUGGAGCUUCUGAGGUGGGGACAGGGGUGUAAUUGAAUUCUAUAGUUUUACAUGUGUAUUUGUUUUCUUUUAAUGCUGUAUAUUUAAUUUGAAUUUCAUUUAAUUUAGGGCUUGAUUUUGUUGUCUCACAGAAAUGUGUACAGAGGCUGUCAAGACAGAACGACUGGUCUGUGCUCAGUUAUUACGAGGUGAUGUCCAAGGAGAUUAUGUUUAUUUAAGACAUGGCAAGUUUAAAACAUGUAAUUUACUGCCAUAACAAUGUUCUGGUGUGAUCAGUUCAGCAUCUUUACCUCCCUCCUGGUUUAGGAUUUGGAACUUGAUAUCUUGAAAACCGUAAAUGAAAUGUUUCCCUCUACAAUGUUCUUAAUACAGAAAAUGACAGAUAAUCUGACAAAAAACUUGAAACUGGUGUUAGUUUCUUUGUAAAAGAAAAAAAAUAAGUCAAAGACUACUUGAAUAUAUUAUACUGUAGGUGUCUGGAAGGAUGAAUUUAUAUGUAGUGAUAAAAACCACCUUUUAAGUGACUAAAUAUCUUAAAUAUUUUGGAUUGCUUAUGUUAAUGUCUCAUAAAUGAACCCACACUGCAGUUUUCAUCCAUGUUUUGCCAGUGAUGUAGUUGAUGUUGGCUGCCACCAGAGAAAAAUAAUAUGAGAAUAGUGAUCUGAGAUUAAAUUACCAAUAACAUGGGAUUUGGAAUAGUGCUUACAUGAUACACACACACAAAAAGUUCCUCGGACUGAUAAAUUAAAAAUCUUCAUUGAUUGGACAUCUUAAACCUCAUUAAAAGCCAUAGCACAAUCUACCAAGGUGUUAGUCUUGCUUUGGUUCACUCAGAAGUCUAUAUAUCAGUUUUUACUCUCAAAAGGUUUUUAGGUUGUUAUUCAUAUAUCUGGGGGGGGGGUGUCUUUUUAAUCAGCCACGGCACAAGAUCUAGAAUCUUGGCGUUGCACAUUUUAGACAGCACAUAUUUCUACUUGUAUAUUUAAGGAGAUUGAUCAUCUAAAGCUAUCAAGCUGUCAAAUUAGGCCAUUUCUGACUUGGUUUUACAAGAGGGAACACUGUGGGGGGCACCAAACUGUCACUGAUCUUCUGUUGUCUCCUUUUACUGUGCAUUUGGCGUCUUUGCAUUGGUCAAGACAGGAUCAUAAGACUUGGAGGAGAAAUUUGAUCACUAGAAGAAUUCACUGAGAGUUCUCCACGAACUGCGUUUAAGUGCUCCAAACAAAAACACGCAGCUCGACUCCGUUCACAUCACUCAGCAGCACACCUCAGAGGCUCCGGUUCAGAAUUCCAGAUCGUUUCUGUUUUUGAAGUGGUCUUUGGUUUGGCUGAGGAGUGAACACACCUUUUUUUUUUAUCCACCAGUUUCUGAUGGUCCAGGCUGAAGUAGAAAACCAGACGGGCUCUGAGAAACUUGAGGACUGAAAUUAAGAUCCCCUUGCUUCAGUCUGCCCUCUUUCAUUUUGUUCUCCUCAAACAAAAUGUUCAUUGAGAUUCUACUGAAACUGUUGCCCUUAGGAGUACAAGCAGAGGAGGAGGGAGACUUGACCCUCACAACACUACGUGCAGACAGACAGAAGCUGAAUAUGUAUAGAAUGGGCGAAACGGCUACAGGGCUGGUGGACCUGGAAACAGCAGUUCUGAGGUUUUUUCUUUUUUUGAAAAAUCCAUUCACUGAUACCACGCAAAUCUCUGUAUGUGUAAUCCACUAAGACUUCUUCACCUGUUUGUUUAUUAUUAGUAUUGUUGUUAUUAUAAAUUUUGAUCAGCAGUUUACUCAACCUCUCCCCUGUCAAAUGUAGAUCAGUGAAGUUAUUCUGGAGAAUAUUCUGACCUCUCUGAUGAUGCACUGUCCUUACUGAUUUUUGUUUUUUGUUUUUUAUUCACUAACAAAAUUACAAGAUCUGUAUCUGUAGCACUCUACCAGCUGUGUUUUGUCCUCCUCUGCUGUUUCGCUGGAUGAAUUUAGUCUUUUCUGUGUAGCUUGUUAAGUGAUGUAAAAAGCUUGAUCGUUUACCAUGAUGCAGAGUGCUGUUACCAAAGUCUGCACAGGAGAAUCCCAACCCCUGUCAGAGAGUCAUGAAGAGAUUAUUCAGUGUUAACCAGAGCAGGGGCAUUUGAGUUGCCUUUCACUUUACAAGGGAACGUGCAAGAAUAGUGAACUGCAGUGGUUUAACUCAAAAUAACCCAGACCAGGUUUCUUCAGAUCCAGUUCUGAGGGUCCUGUGCUGUGAUAUUGGCGGUGCUGGACCCUUUUCUGUUAACCCCCCCCCUCCCGCCCUCAAGUAUUGACAGAUCUAAGAGGUGGCUGAGGUGGUGGAUUUCUGAAUUAUGAAUCAUGCAUUUGUUGAUCUGUGACUAGAUACAAAUACUACAACCUUCUUACCCUUCCAGAUUUUUUCUUUCUACAGAUGUUUUCUGAACUGUUGCGUGUAAGUGUUUGAAUGCGUGUCAUACAGUGUAUGUAAAUACAAUGCAUUGUAGCAUUUUCGCUUUCGUAAAAAUCAGUCGGUUCCAAUCAUGUUCUUGUUUUUCAGCCAAAAGCAUGUUUUCUAUUUUUUUUUUAAACAAACUUUAUUUCCCUCCUUCUUUAAAGAAUGUCAUGUUAUAUAACGUAUCAGAAAAUAAAAGUGCCGUUAA